AUGAUGAGCGGAAUCGAGUAUUUGGAUGAUAGAGUGAUCAGUAGUGACAGCGAUGAUGAGAGAGGAAUUCGAGGAGAAGAAGGAGAAUUCUUCGAAUCACUUCCACCAUCACCGCCGAUGGCCCGUUUAAAGAGUCUUCAUCAUCAUUUGAGAUAUGGUCGAGAUUGUGAAGAAGACGAUUUACUAUCGAGUUCUGAAGAUGAAGAGAGCUAUGAUAAGGAAAAUCAACUCACGCAUCGCAUUGCCACCAGAAAACAGCUCUAUCAGAAAGCACAACCUCGAUGCAAACCGUUUUCCCAUCGUUUCUCUCGAAGCCAAAGUGCUUCUUCGCUGAAAUUGGACAUGGACUACUCUUCAUCGAUCACUGGAUCUUUUGGGGAUAUGACUGGAGAAAUCACAAAUACAUCACAGGACACAAGCUCUUUACCCGACACGGACAGUCUUUCCGAACAAUAUGCACCGAUUCGACGACAGCGAUUGGCCCCACCAUUGCACUCAUUUCAUCCAUCGAGAAUCUCACCUCCAACAUCAAGGCUGAUGGCUGGCCCACGAUUGAGCAGUAUUGAGGAACUUCCUUCACCUCACAAUAUUUACCCGGAUAUCAAUGGCGAUGAAGGACUGCCAUCUCCAAUGCCUCGCUUCAAAAGUGCUCCCAAAAUGCCAAGAAGUUUCCGUCCACUCUUCACCUCGACAACCACAUCAUUUCAACCAAUGGCUCCACCAUUGCCGCCAAAACCAAUGCUGCCAAAGACUAAUCCAAAUUUCACUCCUCGUGCUCAUCACAACUAUCAAUUCCAAUCUUCUACCCCGAAACAAUCGAAAACGAGACGUGUACCUAGAAUUGGCAAAUAUUCCGAUGUCUUGUUUCGUUCAGAGAACUCGUUUUUAAUUGAUCCGGUACCUUGCGAUUUCCCUGUUCAACCGUUGCCAAUCGAGAAAAUCUACGAUCCAACUGAUUUUGGCUAUCCAUCGACUAUGUUAGCGAAAAAUGCAAAGAUCAAUGGAAUCCUGUUCUUGAAGAUGACAAUCACGGGAAAUAUCCUAAAGGUGCGGAUUCAAAACGCGCAUUUCUUCUUCGAUCCACCGUUGUUUAUUUCAUCGUUUGUUAGGCUAGAACUCGUGUCCUCGUCGAGAGCCGAAAGUGGUCGAAAACGUUCGGUGAAUCAGCGAAGAGCCGAUUCAUCGGUGAGAACGCAUCGAGUGCUUGCCUCCAGGAAUCCACGUUAUGAUCAAAAAUUUGCCUUUGAGCUCCGAGAGAUCCGCCACAGUCGCUUGCACAUCACUGUCUACAUCACGAAUAUCGAUCGAAAUCACAAAGAUUUCUAUGGAGGAAUGACAUUUCCAAUCAAGAAACUCUUCGAGAAAGCGGCUGAUCGGAACGGUGGACGAAUUCCUGGACCAAGAAACAGGAUUGACAUCAACAAUGGUGGUUUUUACAUGUUCUCCGAUGAAAAGGCUCGACGCACGAAUUGGCCACAGGAAAAUAUUCGCACCCAUAAAGAAUACGGAGCGGACGUGAUCGAUGGACCGUUUUUAUCGAUGAGACAUCAGGGAAUGCUUUCGGAUGAUUGGCGCUCGUCAUCGGCUGGCGGUUCAUCGUGGGUGCCUAGCUUUGAAAGUGGUCCAACAACAUCUUUCCCAUCAUCGUAUCCAGGAGACAAUCGAGCAAUGUCCUCAUCAGGAUCUUCUCAUCUUGGAAUCGAUCAACUUGUCAGCUAUGAUUACACAAGUGCAUCAAGCAGUGUUUCUGGAGUGUCUGGACACGAUUUCAAAGCUGGCCUCUGCGCGAAAUUCCCCAACUACAGUGUUCCGUCGUUCACAUUCAGUGAUGUCACCUCAGAGACGGACAGCAAUCUCACCGGAGCCGAUGGUGAUCAAAACGGUGCCCAAGUGAACUUUGGUCGACUUCACGCUCCACCCGACACCUUACCACCGCAACCACCGAAUAAUAACAAUAAUAAGGACAAGCAAAAGAGUGGUGGCUUGAAUAGUGCAAUUCGUCGAGCACAAUCGUUCACCUUUUCACCGAAACAAAGCGUCGAGAAGAAUAAUCAAAGAUUGCCGAAUUUGAGGGAUGAAGACAACAAGAAGGAGAAGAAAUUUUUCGGUCCUCUUCAAAAGACGGUUUCUUAUUUACGGAAUAAGCUUGAUGGAGCGAUGAGCACUGGGCAACUUUAUCCAUCGAGAGAAGAAGUCCGACAAUGGGAAACUGAUUUUGAGGCUUUGAUCACACACAAAUUUGGAUGUGCCUUGUUUCGAGAUUAUUUGAAGAAAGAGCUUAGCGAUGAAAAUAUCGAUUUCUGGGUUGAAUGUGAAGAGUUUAAACGAAUGAAAGAAGGGAAAAAGGAGACGCAAAAGAAAGCACAAGAGAUCUUCAAUACCUAUGUGAAAGAUCAAGCACCAAGAGAGGUGAAUCUCGAUUCAGCGACGAAAGCAGCAACAAAAGCGGCAUUUGAGGGUGGUUGUGGACCGGAUGCCUUCUCAUUGGCUCAAUCAAGAAUACAACAGUUGAUGGAAAAAGACUCGUAUAGGAGAUUCCUCAAGGACAUCAUGUUCACCGAUUUGCUCAAUGGCGCUAUCGAGAACGGGUCUUCGGAUAAA